AUAUUAUGAACUGAGUGAAUAAGGUUCUAUUUUGUUCAUGCAUGACAAAUUUAUUAGUGAUUUGGUAAAAAUUAAUUGUGUUGUUGGUGUUAUAGAAAAAAGUGAAGAAUAUAUUGUAGUAUUACAAAAAAAUAUGAUUCGCCUUGCAUUAAGAUUUUUUUCCGUACCACAAUAUACAAUGACAUCAUAUUGCAUGAAAUUGUUAAACAUUCAUAAAAUAGGACUUUGUACCAUGCUGCAAAAAGAUUGUUGUCCGUUAGUAAUAGCAGGACCUUCUGGAAGUGGGAAAAGUACUUUGUUAAAUCGUCUAUUCGAGGAGUUUCCAGAUAAAUUUGGAUUCUCUGUAUCGCAUACAACUAGAGCUCCAAGAUCUGGUGAAGAGAAUGGCAAACAUUAUUAUUUUACAAAUAAAGAAGUAAUGCAGAAACAAAUAGAUAAUGGUGAAUUCAUUGAGACUGCUACAUAUAGCGGAAACUUAUAUGGAACCAGUAAACUUGCUGUAGAAAAUGUUCAACGAACAGGAAAAAUAUGUAUAUUAGAUAUUGAAAUAGAAGGGGUUAAACAAAUUAAAAAUAGUUCUCUAAAUGCUAUAUAUAUCUUUGUAAAACCACCAUCUUUGGAAGAACUUGAACAACGAUUAAAGAAAAGGAAAACAGAAACAGAUGAAUCUUUGCAACGAAGAUUAAAUACUGCUAAGAUUGAAUUGGAAUAUGGUGAACAACCAGGAAAUUUUGACAUUGUGAUAGAGAAUGAUAAUCUUGGUAAAGCUUAUGAAAAGUUGCGUGAAUUUAUCUCCUACAAAUGGAAUAUCAGUGCAUAAAAUAGGUAUUAGAGUCUCCCAUUUAAAAUAAUCGCCUAUUAUGUUAUAUAAAACAGUUUAAAUAAUGUUUAUCAUAAUAGAUAAAAAGGAUAUGUAACGAAAAUAUUUAUAGCAUAAAUAGAUAAAACAAAAUGAGAGAGUCAUUGAAAGAAAGAGAGAGAGAGAGAGAGAUAGAGACAAAGAGACACUAAUUAACUUGUUAAGAUUUCAAGAAAUUCACCAGAAUAUUUACCUGAUAAUAGUGCCCACGUAUAAAUAUUAAGGACUAUGAUUUAUAAUAUAGUUGUGAGAAAGAUUUAAAAAGAAAGAACUAUUAAACAGUUAUAUAUAUUUUUCACCGAAACAAGUUUAAAUGUCUCGUACAAAUGCAAUUAAAAAUAAAUAGCAUUUAUGUUUGGAUUAAAUUUUUAUGAAAUAAUAGUAUCUUUAAAUAGGCAAGAAUGCAUAGAGAGAACUUUGUGAAUAAAAUGUAACAAUCUAGAUAUAGCUAACUGAGAUUAUUCACCAAAUGAAGUUGUGUUCCAAUAGUGUAGGUUACUUGCGAAGUACUUCUGGCUUUGUCUUGUACUUGCCUUUACAUCUAAAAUCAUGUAUCUUUUAUAGCAUUUUGAUGAACGAUAUUUUAUGUUAAUACAAACAUAAUUAUUUAUCUUUUAUCUAAAUGUAUCAAAAGAUAAUUAUUCAUUAGUUAUUAAAAUAGUACAAACAUUCCCUUUUAAGUUUAAGGGAUUACUAUUGGUAGAUGUUGAAGGUGCCAAAGUAGAAUAUACUUUUUAUUUUUAUCUACUUUAAGAUUGGACCAUCUAUCAUUCUUAGAUAUUUAUAUUCAUUGACAUAAACUAUCGUGUUUUCAUUGUACUCAUUUUAGAAAUAAUUUUCUUUCUCUAUUUUUAGUUGUAGAAUUUUUAGUUACCAAGUAUUUUUAAUCUGUUUAAUAUUUCUAUGUAGCAUUCAAAAAAUAAGAAAUCUCGAAAAAAAAUGAUUGAUCAGUGAUUAGAUUUCAAAGUAUUUUAAUAGAUUAUUAUUAAUUAUAAGUUUGUUGUGCUUAAAUUUAAUCUAUCGUUUGGCUUACUCAUUGGUACUUACAUUGAAAUAAAUCAUUACAUUAAAUGUACACACUUAUCAUAAAUAGAAGAUAAUCUCUCUAUCGUAAUUGAUUUUAUCGUAUUUUAUAAUUACUUUCUCUUUUGUAUUACUGUCACAGUAAUAAUUUUAUAUGAUAACUAUUUUCUUUUCUUUUUUUUUUUCUUUAUGCAAUCAAUUAAUCUCCAUUUAUGAGAAGUGUAUUUUCGAUAUUUAAUCAUGAUUAUCACGGGACAAUGUCUCCUUAUAGCGAGAUUAUAUUCUACACUGUUAUAAAGAAAAUUGUAUAAUUAUAAAAAAGAUAUGUAAUAAUAAAUAUG